AUGAUGGAGGAAGAGGAGCUCGAGUUCGUGGAGGAGCUGGAAGCCGUGCUGCAACUCACCCCGGAGGUGCAGCUAGCCAUCGAGCAGGUGUUUCCAAGUCAGGAUCCUCUGGAUAGAGCAGAUUUCAAUGCUGUGGAAUACAUUAAUGCCCUUUUCCCAACAGAACAGUCUCUGGCAAACAUAGACGAAGUUGUGAACAAAAUUCGAUUGAAAAUAAGGAGACUGGAUGACAACAUUCGAACAGUUGUGAGAGGUCAGACUAAUGUGGGGCAGGAUGGAAGGCACGCACUGGAAGAGGCUCAGAAAGCCAUCCAGCAGCUCUUCGGCAAAAUUAAGGAUAUCAAAGACAAAGCAGAAAAAUCAGAGCAAAUGGUUAAGGAAAUUACUCGGGACAUUAAACAGCUAGACCACGCCAAACGCCACCUGACCACUUCCAUAACCACGCUGAACCACUUGCACAUGUUGGCAGGGGGUGUUGAUUCUCUUGAAGCCAUGACAAGGAGGCGACAAUAUGGAGAAGUUGCCAACCUUCUACAGGGUGUAGUGAACGUCUUAGAACACUUCCACAAGUACAUGGGAAUCCCACAGAUUCGACAGCUUUCAGAGAGAGUAAAGGCAGCCCAGACUGAGUUAGGACAGCAGAUCCUGGCUGAUUUUGAAGAAGCUUUUCCUUCCCAGGGCACCAAGAGGCCUGGAGGCCCCAGCAAUGUCCUGCGAGACGCAUGUCUGGUUGCUAAUGUUUUGGAACCCAGGAUCAAACAGGAAAUCGUCAAGAAGUUUAUUAAGCAGCACCUGUCUGAGUACCUGGUGCUCUUUCAAGAAAACCAAGAUGUUGCCUGGCUUGACAAAAUUGACAGACGCUAUGCCUGGAUAAAACGCCAGCUUCUGGACUAUGAAGAGAAAUAUGGGCGUAUGUUUCCACAUGAAUGGUAUAUGACCGAGAGGAUUGCUGUAGAGUUUUGCCAUGUCACAAGGGUGGAACUUGCCAAGAUUAUGCGUACCCGAGCAAAGGAGAUAGAGGUGAAAUUGCUUCUGUUUGCUAUUCAGAGGACUACCAACUUCGAGGGACUUCUAGCCAAGCGCUUCUCUGGCUGUACCCUGUCAGAUGGUGCUCCGAAAAAGGUAGAGGUCCCUCCUCCAUCCACUAAUCCUUUCCUGGAAGAUGAACCUGGCCCGGAGAUGGAAGAAUUGACAAUGGACAAAGGGGACUUAGACCAGCCAAAGAAGCCAAAGGUCCCAGAAAACCCAUUUCAUGGUAUCAUAUCCAAGUGUUUUGAGCCUCAUCUCUACGUGUAUAUUGAAUCCCAGGACAAGAACCUUGGAGAGCUGAUUGAGCGAUUUGUUGCUGAUUUCAAGGCCCAGGGGCCUCCCAAACCAAACACUGAUGAAGGUGGUGCCGUGCUGCCCAGCUGUGCUGACCUCUUCGUCUAUUACAAGAAGUGCAUGGUGCAGUGCUCCCAGCUCAGCACUGGGGAGCCCAUGAUUGCUCUGACCACCAUAUUCCAGAAAUAUCUCCGGGAAUACGCUUGGAAAAUACUCUCUGGCAACUUACCCAAGACCACCAGCACCAGUGGAGGACUGACCAUCAGUAGCCUCCUCAAGGAGAAGGAGGGCUCUGAAGUAGCCAAGUUCACUCUAGAGGAGCUCUGCCUUAUCUGCAGCAUUCUGAGUACAGCCGAAUACUGCUUGGCCACAACCCAGCAGCUUGAAGAAAAACUGAAAGAAAAAGUUGAUGCAAGUCUGAUUGAAAGGAUCAACUUGACCGGGGAGAUGGACACAUUCAGCACUGUCAUCUCCAACAGUAUUCAGUUGCUAGUUCAGGAUCUUGAUGCUGCCUGUGAUCCUGCUCUUACUGCCAUGAGCAAGAUGCAGUGGCAGAAUGUUGAACAUGUUGGUGACCAGAGUCCAUAUGUCACCUCUGUGAUUCUCCACAUAAAGCAGAAUGUCCCCAUCAUCCGGGACAACCUGGCCUCCACACGCAAGUACUUCACUCAGUUCUGCAUCAAAUUUGCAAACUCCUUCAUUCCCAAGUUUAUCAACCAUCUAUUCAAGUGCAAGCCAAUUAGCAUGGUGGGAGCAGAACAGCUGCUGCUAGAUACCCAUUCUCUGAAGAUGGUCCUCCUGGAUCUGCCUUCCAUUGGCUCACAGGUGGUGAGGAAAGCGCCUGCCAGUUACACCAAAAUCGUCGUGAAGGGCAUGACUCGGGCUGAGAUGAUCCUGAAGGUGGUUAUGGCCCCUCAUGAGCCAUUGGUGGUAUUUGUGGACAACCUCAUCAAACUCCUCACAGACUGUAACACAGAAACUUUCCAGAAGAUCCUGGACAUGAAGGGCCUUAAGAGAAGUGAGCAGAGCAGCAUGCUGGAACUGUUCCGCCAGCGGCUCCCUACCCCACCAUCAGCAUCAGAGGGGACUGGCUCUACAUCCCUGACGGCGCCGACACCGGAACAAGAAUCAUCCCGCAUCCGAAAACUGGAGAAACUCAUCAAAAAGAGGCUCUGAGUAGGCAGGAGAGGAGGGUCCCUUUGCCAGAGAGUGGCCCAUCCUCCAACACUUAGCAGGCUGCUGUCCUGGAAGGCCCUUAGGCCUCCCUCCCCUCUCUCUAACUCUCAGAUGAGCAUCAUUCUCCUCAUGCUUUACUGGGAAAUUUGGGUUUAUUAAUGUACAUUUGCCAUGUUAUGUGGUUAC